AUGGAUAAAGUAGCCGCUUAUUCAUUCCUUACUUCUGCAGGAUGUUCAAUUUCAAAGGAUGUGCAUGAAUGGUUGAGAGAAAAAUUGUAUGAGCAAUUGAGAAAUUCAAUUCAGACCGAAAAAAUCAAAUCUGAAAUCAAAAAAUACACAAAAAUUAGAAAUUGUCAAACCUACACAGUGGUUGAGAAUUCAAAUGAGGUGAAUGAAAUGUCAAAAGAAUUUAAUCCAAAAGAUGUUUCGAAUGAAAGAAGUAGAAAAACAAAAAACAAACCAAUUAUUGAAAUUAAAAAGAGUGCUGGUUUACAAUGUAACAACUGUAAUUCCUUCCAUAUUACACUGGACAUGUUUGGUGACGAUUCAUUCUUGUAA